AUGCCCAACUUGCCAGUAUCCGGGAAGCAGCGCGGCCCGCGAACGCUCAAACGGAUGGCCCUCUCCGUCGCCGUUCGCAACAUCGCAGCCGUCACCGACAUUGGUGACAUGCCCUUUUCCAGCGCCGUGCCAUUGCUCGCCCACAUCGACAGCCCCUACCAGCUGCACCAGCUGGAAAAAAACUGUCCGCAGCUCGCCGACGAGCCGCUCGAGAUGGGCGGCAUCUGGGCCCGCCUGCUGACAAAAAAAGUGCCCGGCUGGGAUACCAAAGGCUAUUUGACGGACGAGGAGCUCAAGACCAUGACGUGGAUCGAGAUGUACGACAAGGCCAAGGCCGCCCUGGAUGCCGAGACGGCCGCCGCUGCAGACCGCCUGAAGCAGACCCUGGCCGGCUUCAGCAAAGCCAAGGAGGACAACGCCACGCAGCUCGUCAACAGCCGCGCGCUCCUGCGCAAGAUGCCCGGCGUGAUGGCCAAGAAGCGAGGGCCCGGCCGGGCGGCCGACCGGGGCCAGGCGGUCCUCAGCUUUGGCAGCGGCUCGCGCACCAAGAUGACGUCGGGGCAGAGCGUGCUGCGGCGGGCGCGGCGCGAGGCCAAGGAGAUGAGCAAGGUGUCGCAGCUCAGCAGCCGGCUGGCCGACAACCAGGCCGUGGCGCGCAGCCAGAUCCGCAUGCCGCCGGCCGCCAUGAUGCACGACCACCGCGUCGCGCACCAGCCCGGCUCGGGCAUCAUCCGGCCGCCCAAGAGGUUCCCUGCCGCCUCGUCGGUCAAGACGCACUACGAGACGGAGGGCAAGCUUGGCGCGCCGGGCACGGGACUCGGCGUGGGCAAUGCCACCAACGAGGCACGGCUGCUCGCCCUCAAGAGGGGCGGUGUGGCUGCUGCAUCGUCGGCCUCGUUCUACUCGGCCGGGCCCGCAGCCCCCGUCAUCCAUGCGCCCAGGAAGCCUCGGGCUACGGCGGCGGCGACGACAACAACUUCUACAAUGGCAAAAGAAAAGCGCCCGGCAUAUGACCACGACGACGACGACGAGCUGUUUGGCGUCGUCACCAAACCGAGCAAACGGGCGCGGCUGACGGUCGAGGAUCUCGAGGGCGGCAGCAGCGGCAGCGGCAACAAUGUCCGGGACAGCGACGACGAUCUCUUCGGCUCCGACGACGAACCCAUGUCAACACCGAAGACGUCGCGUACAAGCGUGGGCGGCCGGGACAGCCGCAGGGAACGAGACUGGCUACACAUUGCAGACCAUCGAGACGACAAACGUGGCGAUCGAUCCCAUGGCCGGUCGUAUGACUCUCCUCCAAAACAGACCACCACACGGCCGCCAUCUGCACCGAGCACGUCCACAACUUAUAGACCACCGCCACCGACAGCUCCCGCCGGCUCGCCUCCACGAAGCCAGGCCGUUGGGAGUGUCCCACGGAAGAAGGCCGUGGACAUUUUUAUGCGGCCGAAGAAGAGGUAG